UUCCAUCUUGGGUUAGUUCUCAAAAUCUUUGUUAUGGUCAUACCUGUUAUCGACAAGCGGAUACACGGGCUAGCAACAAGAGCUGAUGUUUGCUACGAAUAUAUAACCACAGCUAGCUGGCUGAAUCACCACGCGUUACUCACUUAUAAGGAUAAUUGGUCGGCACAUCAACAAAUAAGUAUGGAUUCCGUCAACGCUUUCAACUUGGAGUUAUUCGCCAUGAUUGACAUGAAGCCUCCAAUAUCACGAGCAAAGAUGAUGUCAGUCACUAAAUCAGCAAUAAAGGCUAUCAAGCUAUACAAGCAUGUCGUCCAGAUUGUGGAGAAGUUCAUCAAGAAGUGUAAGCCAGAGCUGAAGGUUCCUGGGCUAUACGUGGUGGAUUCUAUAGUCCGACAGUCCCGACACCAGUUUGGAGUGGACAAGGACGUCUAUGGACCCAGGUUCCAAAAGAACUUCACCCAGACCUUCCAGAACCUCUACCUCUGUCCCACGAUGACAAGAGUAAGAUCAUCCGUGUUCUCAACCUGUGGCAGAAGAACGCUGUGUUUGAGAUGGACGUCGUCCAGCCCCUGUUGGACAUGGCUACUGGCUCUUUCGUCCUUACUCCCUCCCCCCAGGAGGACCUCCAGCCCCCAGUCUCCAGUACCUCCAUACUUCUUCCAGAUCCGACAGCUUCAGAAGAUGCUUCUGAGGUUCCAGCCAGGGCAGCAGACCACCGCUAUGGUUCCCAACACCGUGKCUGACGAAACCCAAAUUAUGGUUCCCAACACCGUGUCUGACCAGACCCACUCACAGAUGGUCCAAGGCCAGCAUAACACACACCAUCCACUGUUCAACUCACACCACACACAUCCUACAGAGCAGAAUAACUCACUAGCUAAGAAACUCCUGGACCGGUUUGAUUACGACGACGAACCAGAAGAAGUGAAGAAAGAAGAGUUGGAUUCCCUCGUUCCGGGAAACGUUUACGGUGGCCAGUUUCCUGGUCAAGCGCCGUCCAACACGGAGCAACAAUUUCAGGGCCACAUGAUGGGCCAGCCUGGCAGGCAGCAGACACCUGGUGGAGGAAACCCUGGUCCGAACAMGGGCUMCAGYCAGAGCCAGCACACUGCCCWGCAGAACCAGGACCAGGGAAACCCCAGAGAAAGRGAAGAUCCGUCUGGGAGGAGAGAUGGUCGGGAGGGGAGGCAGCGCGGACACGGCAGGAGGUCACGCUCCAGGUCGGGCUCUCGAUCUCCCAGGAGAAAGAGGUCCAGGUCCAGCUCUCGCUCGCGGAAGCCCCGGCACUCCUCCCAACGCUCCGGAUCUCGUUCCAGGGAAAGUCGCUGGAACUCCCCUCGCUCCCGCUCGCAGGAGAGGAAGGAGAGAGAGAAGGACAAAGACCGUAGACAGAAAGGUCUGCCUAGCAUCAAGAGCCAGACACUCAGUGUUUGCACCACGACUCUGUGGGUGGGCCAGCUAGACAAGAAGACUUCUCAGCAGGACGUCAUGUGUUUACUAGAGGAGUUUGGGCAGAUAGACUCCAUCAAUAUGAUCCCUCCUCGUGGAUGUGCCUAUAUAGUGAUGGUCCACAGACAGGAUGCCUACAGAGCUCUACACAAACUCGGCAGAGGAUCCUUCAAGGUCAACCAGAAGACCAUCAAGAUUGCGUGGGCCUUGAACAAGGGUAUAAAGGCGACCCAUAAGAAGUUCUGGGACGUGGAGCGAGGCGUCACCUACAUCCCCUGGAGCAAAGUGAAGAUGGAGGAGCUGGAGGGGUACAGGGAGGGAGGCAUGCUGGACGCAGACACACUCUGUCCAGAAUGGGGAGAUAAAGUGAAGGAGCUGACUAAACCAGGAGGACUGAACAAUGGAGGAGGAGUGGACGCCAUGGAGACCGAGGGAGCUGCCACCGCCCACGUACAGGUAACACCCACURCAGGGGACCCAAUGAAACACACCGCAGACAGCAGGGUCCCAAUUAAACACACCAGUCUGGGUGUUCUGUCUCACCGUAGUACCUCACCAUCUCUUAGGAAGCAGACUUUUAUCCAGAGGUUUUGUGCCUUGGUUGUCUGUUUUUAUUGUUUUGUUUUUUUAGCUGUUAUUAAAAUUGCAGGUUUUAUAAGUAUUCGUAUACAUAUGCAUACACUUUUCCUCAACACAAAUGCAACAAAGUAUCUUUGAAUAAGUGGACCAAUAAAAAAAAA